ACCCAACAUCGACAUGGCGGCAUUGAAAAACGCAGAGGCUCUGAUUCCUCGAUUCAAGUUCGAGAAGCUGUUGAAUCAAGACCAAGCCGGACGCCGCAUCGUCUUGCAGGGCACCAUCGACUCUGAGCCCGCCCUCCUCCUCGCCGAACGCGCCGCCUUCGAUUCCGAUGAAUCACACCUGUCAACCUUGAGCAACUCGCUUUCACACAUCCAGAACCUCGGCGACAAUGACAUCUACCGCUGGUACAUGGCCCACAGCGGUGUUGGCGAAGGGCAACCCGCCGACUUGAAGAUCAACCUCAUCUACCCCUGCACCGAGCAGCAUCUCAAGAAAUACAGAGCACAAGCUGUCCGCCAUGUCACAGAGACUCCCCAUGUCUAUCGCGACCACGUCAGGCCAUACAUGAAGACCAAGCGCGACCAAGGCCGACUGAACUGGGUCUUCAACAUCCUCGACGGACGCACCGAGCAAGAAGACGUUCUGUUCCGCUCGCCGCAUUCCACCACGACAGAGGAUGAGAGAUACCUAUUGUUGCCGGAUCUGAACUGGGAUCGCAAGACGUUGGGAAGCCUACACUUGCUCGCCCUCGUCGAGCGUAGAGACAUUUGGAGUCUACGCGACCUCAAGAAGAAGCAUGUCGCCUGGCUGAAGCGUAUCGUUGCAGACAUCGCCAGCACUGUUUCUCGUCUCUACAGCAUAGACGCUGAUAUGUUGAAGUGCUAUGUGCAUUAUCAACCUACCUACUACCAUUUCCACAUCCACAUUGUCCACGUGUCGCUCGAAGCUGGUGCCACACAGGCUGUAGGCAAAGCUCUGUCGCUCGACAACAUCAUCUCGCAGCUUGCAACCAUGGCUGGCGACCAAGAAGCCGGCAUGGACAACGUAGACCUGUCCUUCACACUAGGCGAGGCCAGCGAGCUAUGGACAGACGUAUUCUUGCCUUUGAAGGAGAAGCGCUUACAAUAGAUUGAUAUAUCCUUGACUUUGAUUUAUGAUUUUUUGAUUCAGA